UCAUAACAGUUAACUAAAGGAUAAGGAAACAUUAAAAUUUUCUUUGAUACAUUUUUGAUUUUUAAUAAUUAUUGUAUUAAUCUAGCGACGUCAAAACUCUUUACACAUUUAGUGAAAAGUGAGAAGAAACGCUUACGGUAUAAAUAAGAUCAUCUCGGUUUGUUGUUAAUAUAAUCCGUAUUUGGAAUAUGCUCUAACUGCAGCACUCAAUCUAGAAUGGUAACUCUAAGUUAAAUUUUGAAGUUAAUUGGAGCUCAUAAUAAAAUGGAAAAAUUUAAAAAGUUAUUUCCUAAUAAGGAAGGAUUUAUUGUAUUUGCUUUAUAUAUAAUAUUAUUUGUUUUUCAAGGUGUUUUCAUUACUGCAUCUAAAACUGAAAAUGGAAUAUAUGACUACAAUACAACACUAGUUGUUUUUUUAUCUGAAUUGUUAAAGCUAUUCAUUUCUGCUGCUCUUUAUACAUAUAAAAGAGGAGAUAAACCUAAUAUAUUUAAAGCUAUUUCAAAUAAUUAUAAUCUUCUGCUCCAGUAUUUCAUACCAUCAUUGCUAUAUUGUUUUUACAAUAAUUUAGCUUUUAUCAAUUUAUCACAUUAUGAUCCAACAUCUUACUAUAUUCUCCUGCAAUUCAGAGUAGUAUUGACAGCAUUUAUUUUUCAGUUCCUAUUCAAGAAAAAGUUAGCAUUCAUCCAAUGGAUAUCUCUAGGCAUACUUACACUUGGUUGUAUGUUGAAGAACUUUGAUGCAGCUACAAUAACAUCCAAGGGAGAUGCUGAUAGUAUCUGGUCUCAGAUAUUUAACAUCUAUUUUGUUUCAAUAAACUUUCAAAACUUCUGUUCAUGCUUAGCAGGCACUUAUAAUGAAUAUUUGCUCAAAACAAAGGGGUCCAAUGUAGACAUAUUCCUACAAAAUGUUUUCAUGUAUUUGGAUUCUGUCAUUUGCAACUUUUUUAUUCUCAUGUGCAAAGGAGAAGUUCUUACUAUGUUUAAAGAUUUUCAAUCUUUAGGUGAUGUGUUUGUUAUAUUAAUCACUGUAAAUAGUGCUAUUGUAGGGAUAGUGACAAGCUUCUUUUUGAAGAAUUUGAAUUCAAUUCUCAAAACAUAUGCUAGUGCUUUAGAGUUAAUAAUAACAGCUGUGGUAUGUUAUAUUUUAUUUCAUAUACUAAUUACAUUUUACACAAUAGUAUCUAUUUGUUUAGUUGUUAUAUCUGUGGCUAUGUAUUUCAAAAAUCCAGUAAAUAAUACUAAUGUUGAGAGUGAACAGAUGAGAAAAGACAAAAAGCCACUUUUGGAUGUAGUUGUUCAAUAGACUGAACUAAAAAUUAGAGGCUAUGAGAUUAUAUAACAUAAGUUGACAA